AUGGCGUCUCAAAAUAGUACGUUUGCUGCUGGACAAUUCAUGAAUCCUGGCCCAGCUCCUCGACCCCCGGCCGGCCCAACUCGACUCAAUCUUGUCCCGCAAACGAGUAAUCUUUCUGUAAAUAUGUCUCAAAUGAGUAUAAAUUCUACCGCCUCUAGGGCAUCUACCUCCUCUAACACUGGAUCGAUUAUGUCCCUUCCUGUUCAACGGCAGCAGCCCGAAAUUCAUGGUGGACUAGCUGUAAUCAAACAGGGACCUGCGUAUGUUAAGGAGGGCAAAACUUUUCUCACCCCUUGGAAGCAGAAAUUCUUGGUAUUAAGGAAAGAGGCACUCGAUUUCCACAAAAAUGAAGGUGGAAAAAUAUCAUACACUAUCGUUUUAAAGGAUGUACUAGCUGUUUCGCGCGUCGAGGCUGCUGGAACCAUAUUUGAGAUAAAGAGAGCAGUCAACGGUUCUUCUAAUAAUCCAGGGGAUGAUGAGGGUCCCUCACGCUCCUUGCAGAUAAGGGUAAAAGGUGACGAUGAUCUCUAUGAAUGGAUUGAUUUCAUUUACGCACGAUGUCCAGGAAUGGGUGGUGUCAGCAAUCCGACCAAUUUUAGUCAUUCUGUUCAUGUUGGCUUCGAUGCACAAACUGGGGAGUUCGUCGGGCUACCUUCUGAAUGGUCUAAACUGCUUAACUCCUCAGCUAUAACAAAGGAAGAUUAUGAACGUAACCCACAAGCUGUCUUUGAGGUGCUAGAAUUUUACUCGGAUAUAACGAAGCAGGCGCAAAAUCCGAAUGCUUAUUCGAGCUUGUCACCCAAUGCUUCUAACAUGAACCACCAGUCCAAGCAGAUGGGCUACAGCGGCUUAAGCAAUAUUGCUUCUCCUCGACAAGUACCCAACCAUCAACAAUCACAGUCCCUAAAUACCUCACUCACGCCUUCUAAUGCAGCUAGUCGAACUAGCCCGCAAGACCUUGGGCAACAACGCCUUCAAGCCCCUAAUUUUGCAGAAAAAGUUCGGGAAGAACAAAGAUUAAAGCAACUUGAGAUGCAGCGUCAGCGUGAACGCGAAGCAGCCGAGGAACAAAAUCGAAGAGACAUGGAGGCAUACAAUGCCUCGCUCCCAAAAACUCGAGCUCCCAUGGCUCAAGCAGAGAUUGGUGGAUUCGGCGGAGCAGUAACUAACGACCGCUACAACCCGACCCGUGCAGCACCGCCUGCACCAACUUCUCUUCGCCCCGAACAGUCUCAGCAAUCAUCUUCACUUCGCGCCCAACGACAAGCGCCAUCCGCGCCCACACCUUCUAACAUAACUCGCUCCCAGAUCUCACCACAGGCAAAAGACUCCUCUCAAAUAUCACCAAGUGGCGAGUCAUCAUCAAAUCCCGAAACAACUGCUCGACGUUCUCAGGAUACUCGAUUACAGAAAACUGCUAAUGCACAAAGACCACAAUCCCGUCUAAUCGCUAAUAAUCAAAAUGUAUCAUCGACCCGCGCGCCGACUUCUUCUAAUACCGUGAAACCUCUUAAUGUAAAUGCUAAACAAGCCCCGAUAGCUGGAAACGGGAUACAACAAAGUGAGGCUAUAAAAGCAGCCGAAGCAGCCCUAACAGCAAAACCUGCCGUAUCCGAGAGGGAACGAAAACAGGACGUUCGUAUGUCAACGAUGACUGAGAAUGAAGUGAUGACAAAGUUGAAAGAGGCCGUCUCAAAGGACGAUCCCAAUAUGUCAUACGCCAAGCAAAAGAAGAUAGGUCAAGGUGCUUCUGGAUCCGUAUACGUAGCAAAGAUCAAAGAAAAUCCUCUAUCGCCAAUUGCACGAGAAGUAGUACGACAACAAGGCCCGAAGGCCCAAGUGGCCAUUAAACAAAUGGACUUGGCUCAUCAACCAAGGAAAGAAUUAAUCGUUAAUGAAAUCAUGGUGAUGAAAGAUAGUAGUCAUCGUAACAUUGUGAAUUUUCUCGACGCAUUUCUGCGAAACAAUUUCACAGAACUCUGGGUUGUCAUGGAGUAUAUGGAAGGAGGUGCUUUAACGGAUGUUAUUGACAACAAUCCAAAUAUCACAGAAGAGCAAAUUUCGACUAUCUGUCUCGAGACUUGUAGUGGACUGGCACAUCUUCACGCCCAGGAUAUUAUUCAUCGUGAUAUCAAGUCAGAUAACGUUUUACUUGACGCUAGGGGUAACGUUAAAAUUACCGAUUUUGGAUUUUGUGCUAAACUAACGGAGUCAAAAAAUAAGCGAGCCACGAUGGUUGGUACUCCAUAUUGGAUGGCUCCCGAAGUUGUUAAGCAGAAGGAAUACGGCCCUAAAGUUGAUAUUUGGUCACUUGGUAUCAUGGCAAUUGAGAUGAUUGAAUCAGAACCUCCUUACCUCAACGAAGAGCCACUUAAGGCACUUUAUCUUAUCGCAACAAAUGGUACCCCACGCUUGAAAAAGCCUGAGAAGCUAAGUAAGGAACUGAAGGCGUUCUUAUCCGUUUGCCUAUGCGUUGAUAUUAGGAGCCGAGCUAGUGCCAAUGAGCUUCUUGCACAUGAUUUCCUCAAACAUGGUUGCCCACUCGGUAAUUUAUCUGACCUUCUUGCUUUCCGUAAGCAUUCAAAGUAA